CCUUGUGUUGUACACAGAUGGUUGAUUGAGGCAUAAAGUUACGACUGUCGCCUGUACACGCGUCUUGAUCGACACACGGAAGUGCUGGGUGACCGACAAUGAUUACACACAGCUCAGAGAUCAGAGAGGCUCGUCGAAAUCGUCGCAACGCAGCUGGACGGAGCGGCGGAAUAUUCGACAGGAUUGAAGAUGGCAACUCGUUCAGCUAUCAAUAUGCUGGGCCAGACUCGGAGCCAUAUCGACGUGAAAGCAUAUUGGCCUGGGAAAGCGUACAGUCUUGGACACCACCGGCUGACAAUGGCUCGAGUAUUUCGACCAUCUCCAACGAGACGUCGAUAACGGAUGAACAUGAAGCGCAGCCACAGAAAGACGCCGACACAAGUACAUUAGAAGCGAACAAUGACCUGUCCACGAUUCCAACAAAGCCCGUGGAGAUCUCGCUCCCAGAGUCCAACCCAACCGAGUCCGAGACAAGGAGCACAAAAAUUUACAGAGCGUCGAGGGCUUUCAAGAGAAUGAACCAGCAUGUUUCCGAAUUCGUUCACCGCAAGGCAGGCAGUAGGGACAAGAAGUGCGUGAUUUCUAUGGAGGAAAAACUCGAUGGCGUCUUACCGAGUACUCCUGUUCGUCAAGUGCAUGAGCCAAAAUCUGCCAGUCCGUUCAAAGAGCAGAUGACUCUUGAGGCGGAUCAUGAGUCAUCCCACCAGGAAGUUAACACAGAGUUCUUCACUGCACCACUAACCAACAACGCAAAGUCAAAGUCUGCCAACGCUCCAGAUGCGGAAGUCUUUGACUGAUUGGACAAUGUUUGGUUUGGACUUUUGACUUGAUAGCGCGUCUUAUUGCCCUGGGAGGUCAUCCUAAGUGGGAUGAAGUUUGGAGCGGUGUUUGAAUUGGAAGACACCCCCGUGGAUAUGGUCGCUAUUGCACGUCGAGGUGCGUAUUCGACAACUUGUUAUGACUGGCUUGUUGGCCUUGGCGUUGAACUGGACGUCAAGAUGGUAAUAUUAAGCCGGUGCAUGAUGAGGUGGGUGUGCGGCAGCUUGUCAUCUGAUGAAGUCGUUGUCAGAGUCGGUGAAGGUUCUCAGGG